AUGAAAAUGGUGUUGUCACAACGGCAACGAGAGGAGCUGAACAAAGCGAUCGCCGAUUAUUUAGGUAGCAAUGGCUACACGGACGCGCUGGAAGCGUUUAAGAAGGAAGCCGAAAUGACCGGCGAAAUGGAUCGCAAGUUCGGCGGACUCUUAGAAAAGAAAUGGACUUCAGUAAUAAGGCUGCAGAAAAAGGUGAUGGAGUUAGAAUCCAAGUUAUCCGAGGCUCAAAAGGAGUUCAUGGAGGGCGCGCCAACGCGCGGCAAGCGUACGCCCGCCGAAUGGAUCCCUCGUCCGCCUGAAAAGUUCUGUCUCACUGGUCACCGGGCAACUAUUACUAAGGUAAUAUUUCAUCCAGUGUUCAGUUUGAUGGUGUCCUCGAGCGAAGACGCCACCAUUCGUGUGUGGGAGUUUGAGAGCGGCGUGUACGAACGAACCCUGAAAGGGCACACCGAUUCCGUUCAGGACAUUGCAUUCGACCACCAUGGCAAGUUACUUGUAUCAUGCAGUGCUGACAUGUCAAUAAAGUUGUGGGAUUUCAACCAGACCUUUGAGUGUAUAAAGACUAUGCAUGGCCAUGAGCACAAUGUAUCGUCCGUGGCUUUCUCGCCCAGCGGCGACGUCGUCUAUUCAGCCAGUCGGGAUAAGACUAUCAAGGCCUGGGAUGUAGCCACUGGGUACUGUGUGAAGACGUUCAAGGGUCACCGCGAGUGGGUGCGUAUGGUGCGCGUGUCGGCGGACGGCGCGCUGCUCGCCUCCUGCUCCAACGACCAGACCGUGCGCAUCUGGAACACCGACACCAACACCAACGAGUGCAAGAUGGAGCUGCGCGAGCACGAGCACGUGGUGGAGUGCGUGGCGUGGGCGCCCGAGGCCGCGGCCGCCGCCAUCAACGAGGCGGCCGGCGGCGACAACCGCCGCGCCAGCCACCUCGGGCCCUUCCUCGCCAGCGGCUCCCGCGACAAGACCGUCAAGAUCUGGGACGUGGGCACGGGCGUGUGCGUGGCGACGCUGGUGGGGCACGACAACUGGGUGCGCGGCGCGGCCUGGCACCCGGGCGGCCGCUUCCUGCUCACGGCCUCCGACGACAAGACGCUGCGCGUCUGGGACGUGGCGCACACGCGCUGCCUCAAGACGCUCUACGCGCACCAGCACUUCGCCACCAGCCUCGAUUUCCACAGGAGCUUGCCAUACGUGAUUUCGGGCAGUGUCGAUCUGACCGUCAAAGUUUGGGAGUGUCGCUAA